UGUAGUGACACCCUAACAUCAUUUUAAAUCUAUGGAAAUUAUCUAACAAAACAUUAAUUUAGGACGAAAAAGAUUAGAUUUGUAUGUUUUGUAUGUGUUUCAAACAUUUUAAAUUUAUACUCAAAAAAUAGCGUAUAUCUUUUUGAAGAAGUUUGUGAAGGAAUCUCCAACAUUUUACUAUAAUGUCCAAUAGAGAAAUAUUAUCAGAUACAUGUAAUAAAAGACGUUCUCCUAGGGAACGUAAAGAUUGUUUGAAACAUGCCUUACAGCGAACACUGGUUUUACAGAAUGUGAUCAAUAAAUCUACUGUAAAUAAACUUAAUGAAGUUAUAAAUGAAGCUGACAUUGUUGCUAAUGAGACAAAUAUACAAGAAAAAGCUCUUAAUCAGCAGGAAGUACUUAUGGAUUCGCAAAUGAUGAUAUCAUCUUCUAAAGUUCUGAAAACUUGCACUAUUUCUCUGACAAAGAAAAUGAAUGACUAUGACUGUAUUGACUUUGCACAAAAGCUGGUGAAAUAUGUACAAGGAAUGUCAGACAAUCCAGAAUUACCACCAGAUUGGUCACUUUUAGAGCCACAAGUAACGAAAUUAUUCAAAAGGGUUCCUAACUGCAGUACACUCUUAGGUACAUUGCAGCCUUUAGAGAAGAAAAUUAUAGUUAGGAAGAAACCUGAACAGAGAGUAGCACAGCAAGCUGCAAUGGUAGUACCUGAGAAACUGGUGCGAGCCACAAAUACCAAGGAUGAGGACAGUGUUGAACGAACUGUGAGGAAGAUUAGAAAAUUAAUUGUAACUUAUUAUAAGGAAACACGAAAACCACUCGAUUUCUUCAAAUUAAUUUUGCAUCCACAAGAUUUUGGAAGAGCUGUCAGAAAUAUGCUGUACAUAUCAUUUCUUGUGAAAGAUGGAAUAGUGACAGUGAGGAAAGAUAAUAAUGGAAGCCUUGUCGUACAACCAUGUCACAGGGAAAAAAAUUUACAAAGAAGUGAUACUAGAACAGGCAUUCAGAAUAUAAUUUCGUUAAAUAUGAAACAAUGGAUGACAUUAAUAAAGAUAUAUAAAGUGGAGAAACCAAUGAUUGAUUUUGAUGAAGGCAAAUAACGCUGUUUACAAAUUAACACGUGUCUUUUUUUUUAUUGGCCUAGGAUUUGCAUUUUAUCUCGUAAUAUUAUAUUUUUGGAAUAUUAUAUUAAAUGUAUUUUCAAUUAUCUAGUAUAUUAAAGGAAAGAGACUAACCUCGAUAGUACAAUUGAUCAAUAUGAUAAUUUAUUAUUAACAUAUAUAUUAUAGUUACAAUAAUAGUUUAUUGAUCGUUUAUUUAGUCAUCGUCUAUUUUAUCACGAUAUAUAUAUACACACACGCGCGCGCGCGCACACCACACACACACACACACAAAAGUUAAAAUAAUUUUGUUACAAUGAUGAUGUUACCAUACAAUGUAAUUAAUAAUGUUACUACUUGAUUAAAGUAAAUAUUAAUAUUUAGUAAUAUCUUUUUACCUGAAUCCCUUCUUUAUUUUAAUAUUUUAUUUGCAUUUUAUUUGGGGACUGUAAUAUCGCAAAAUAUGUAAUAUUAUGUUGCGAUAUGCCAAAAAGCGUGUGUUUAGAAUAAUCUGUUUUACUUUGAUUUUGAUAAAGAUACACUUAAUCGGUCUUUUUGCAAAAAGUUUAAAAAAAUAAAAA